AUGUAUGGUGAACAAUGUUCAUCUAUCGACGGAGUUUCAGAUGAGAUACCUCCUAUAUUUGUGAACUGUUCCAAAUAUUUUAUCACAGGGAAAGACGAAAUUUAUGCAGAUUGUCCAAUCAAAAAUGGAACAGAUCCAUGUUAUCUAUUAAAGGAACUUCAUCGAUCUGAUUCCUUUAGUGACUAUUUCUUAGCUAUAUUGCCUAUAAUUUUUUCAAUAGUUGCAUUUAUAUUUAAUAUUUGUUAUCUGAUAGCCCAGAUAAAAUGUUUCAGAUUUGAAACAAUGGGAUUCAAAAAACGAGAAGCAUUUCUCAUGAGCCGAUCUUUGUCAAUUAUUGUUGCCAAUUUGUUGUUCUAUGUUGUCAUUAUUGUUUGGAAAGUCAAUGGAUUCAAUUAUACGUCAGCCAUGAUUUUUAUUUUAGUUGGUAGUAGCACAUUUAUGUCAGUUACAGGUACAUAUAUAACACUAACAAUUGUCUUAUAUCUAGCAGUUGCUCAUCAUAUUUCGUAUAUGACAACUGUUACUCUUAAACAUUGUUGGCUUCUAAUAGCUUUGAUUUGGUUCCUUUCAACAGUUUCCUCGGUGUUUGUUGCUCUGUUCGGAGCAACUCUCUUUUAUCCGGACUCGGCUCCGAUAUCAUGUUCGUUUGAAUCUUGUCAAAGACCCCUUGCUAUCAGUAUUGUGGUAACUCUAUCCAUUUGUUAUGGGACUGUCAUUGGGCUCUACAUUGCAAUGAUGACAAGACUUCAUCGAUUGGUUCGAAAGUCUUCUCUGGUUCAGGCACGAUCUAAUUCUAAUAGUAUGAUUGCCAUGCGUCGUUUGAGCCUGAACAUGAUUACAUUUGCUGUCGGGAGUAUUCCAAUCCUUGUAGUUUGCAUUGUUGCUCUAGCGAAUCUUCGUGAAUUAUCAUCUUUGGGAGAAGGAUGUAAAAGUCCUUGCAAAGCAUUUCUAUACAGUUAUCUGUUCAUUGAUGUUGAAAUGUUGGCUAGUAUAGCAGCAAUCGUAUGGUAA